AUGUGGUUUUGGGUUCUGUGGUGGAGUUUUUUUCAUCCUUUUUUUUUGUUUUUUUAUAAUCCCAAUUUUUUUUCACUUUUUAUUUCCAUCCCGGGGAGAGGCCCUGCAGAAUUCCAGACUGGCAGCGAAUCCCGAGGAAUCCAGAGCGGGACAAAGGCUCAGGAGCGGGGCACAAGUUGGUGCAAGCAAAGAAAACCAGGGAAAAAAAAUUCCUUUUGCCGAGGUUUCCUAAGGAUCCAGGCUGACUUUCCGUGUUUCUCUUGGAUCCCAGCACGGGAGCUGCCGCCUGCCUGGAGAGCUGCGGCACCUCAGGAACAGCGAGGGAAGGAAAAUCCAGGGAUUCUGAGGGACCAGCCGGGCCCUCAGGGCCACCCCUGCAAGCAGCUCUUCGCCGCCUUCUCCGUGGGCCGCCGCAAGGCCCUGCACAGCUCCGACUACUUCCAGCUCGUCACCUUCGACACGGAGCUCGUCAACCUCUACCAGCACUUCAACAUGUUCUCCGGAAAGUUCUUCUGCUACGUGCCCGGCGUUUACUACUUCAGCCUCAACGUGCACACCUGGAAUUUCAAGGAGACCUACGUGCACCUGAUGAGGAACGAGCAGGCCGUGGCCAUCCUGUACGCCCAGCCCAGCGACAGGAGCAUCAUGCAGAGCCAGAGCCUGAUGCUGGAUCUGCAGGAAGGGGAGGAGGUUUGGGUCAGGAUGUUCAAGAGGGAGAGGGAAAAUGCCAUUUACAGCGAGGAGUCGGAUCUUUACAUCAUCUUCAACGGGCACCUGAUCAAACCCGCCCUGGAGUAGGAGCUCUUCAGCUCCAGGGCCACCCAGCAGUGUCUUCCCUCUAAAAGUGCCUCUCGAAUUCCAUCUGGAAUGGUUGUAGCCCUGGAAGAGUUGUUUUUCCACAUCUGUGUGGCUCCAACUGCGCAAGAAUUCCAGAAGUUUCCCAGCUCCCUUUGUGGCCCCUCAGGAGCAUCCCUGGAGUUUGUCCAACUGACAGCAAAAAUUUCCCUUCUUUCUCUGGGGGCAAUUUUAGCUCCUUUAACCCAAAGAAUUCCCAAAAGGAAGUUGUCACCUGUUCUUUUUCCUCUAAAUCAGUGGCAAAUCUUUAAGAUCUCCCAUUCCAUUUGGAAUAUUUGCAGCCCUCGGAAGGGUG